AAGAUGGCUGCCGGCGGCGGCGGCGGUGGCGAGACGGUGCGGCUGCGCCUCCUGUUCGACUACCCGCCGCCGGCGGCCCCGCGCUGCUCCGUGUCGUGGCUGCUGGCGGACCUGGGCCAGUGCCGGGUGGUCACCGACCUGGCCAGCCUCAUCCGCCACCGCUUCGGCUUCAGCGCCGGCGCAGCCCUGGGCCUCUACCUGGACGGGGGGCUGCUGCCGCCCGCCGAGAGCGCGCGCCUCGUGCGCGACAACGACUGCCUCAGAGUUAAACUGGAAGAAGUGGAAGUCGCCGAGGGUUCCCUGGCUGUCAGCAACGGUUUCCGGCAUCCGGCCAAAAAGACAAAGAAACGGCACCGGUCCAGGUUGGAGGAAGAGGAAUCGGAGGAAGGUGCAGAAGACCAGAACAGAGCGAAGCGCUUGAAAGGCCCGGGUGGCUGUCCCGGCCCCUCCGAGGGGAAACCCGUCGACGACCCGGGCCCAAGGAAGAAACUCAGACAGAAAGAGAGGAGGGAGAGGAGGGGACAGAAUGGCACUGCGGGAGAUGAGGGCCGAGCCGGCGGUAGGGAACAGAACAAGAGGAAAUUGGGGAAGGAGAAGGAGGCGGAGGCGGAGGGAAAAGGCAAACGACAGAAGAAGACGGUGCCUCUCCCCGCCGGGGUCAGCGGGCUCCUGAAAGGGCACCCCCCUGCCGCGGCCAAGAAGAAGCUGGGGAAGCGCUGCCCCGCCAAGCCCUCUCCCGACUCCUCCUCCGGCUCGUCGUCGGGAUCGGAUUCCUCCGACUCGUCGUCUGACGAGGGCGGCCCCGAGGGCCAGAAAGGCCCGGAGCAGCCCGCCGCCCCGACCCCGAAGCGUGGGCAGGCCCGGCCCCCCGAGCCCGGUCCCGGGGCGGAGAAGGCCGGCGGGAGCGGCAGCAGAUCCGCCCGGGCCCGAGGAAUCGGAGCCUCCGACUCUGGCUCGGAAGGGAAGAAGCGGAAGAGUCCCCAGGCGGCCCCGGCCGGCGCCGCCCUCUCUCAGGGCCCCCCUGAGGAGGCGAGCCCCUCGCCCGAUGCGGACCGGCACAGUCCGGCGCCCCCGGAGAGCGCCCGGUUUGCCGGCGGACCCGAUCCGCUCGGGGUGGGCUACUGUGCCAGGCGGCCACCUGGCCCGGCCCCCGGCCUCGGCGGUCUGGGCCGGGGUCGAGCGAGGGGGGAGGACCUCUUCCCUUGGAGAGGGGCCCGGGACCGGGGGUUUCGCGGGAUGAGCCGAGGCCGGGGCCGGGGGGAGGGCUACCGGGGCUUUCCCGGCGGCGGAGCUGAGUCGCAGAAACAGCAACAGCUGACCGAGGUGGCCGCCAACAGCUCCAUUGUGAUCCAGCAGAACGCAGUGGAGGCUCCCCGACGGGACUACAGCGUCCUGCCCCUGCUGGGCUCCGUUCCUCCGCAGGUCGGGACCAAGAUCGCCUUUAAGGUUUUAGAGCUGACUGAGAACUACACUCCUGCGGUCUCCAGUUUCAAGGAGGGAAGAAUCGUAAGCUACAACCCAGAUUCCAGCGAGAUCGACAUCGAGGUCCUGUCCUCGUCCCCAGUGGCCAAGGAACCCGGGAAGUUUGAUCUGGUCUACCAGAACGAAAAUGGAACCGAGGUAGUGGAAUACGCCGUGUCCCAGGACCAAAGGAUAACCAAGCGCUGGGAAGGCAUCCUGGAGCCGAGGCUGAUCAUAGAACCGACCCCGAGCGGCCCGCCGAGCGCAGAUCCUGCUCAGACCUAAUUUAUCGCGACUUCGCGGGGUUCCGUGAGAACAGAGACCUGUAAAUAGCCGACGAACGUACUGUUUUAUGAGCUUUGUGCCGAAGGUCGUUGCGACUGCCGUGAAUCUCCUCGAAAGAGACGCGCACACACCCUCGCCCGCCCCCCACUCAGCGUUUUUGUACCUUCGUUGUUUUUAAGUCCAAGGAGAGACUGUCUACCUCAACACUCGCUUUUAAGAAUGCAACGGAUGGGCGUCGUUCCACUGUAUCGUGACCGAUCAUUCCAGAAACGGGAGCUUCCCGCCGCGGGGCCCGGGCCGGGAGACUGGUGUCACCGCUGGAACGGUGGGCAGGUGUGCCGGGUCGUAGGUGUCAUUUCUCGAACUAAGGGGCUCUGACAAGUCGUACGUGUAAUUUCUCGAACCGUCUAAGGGACUCUGACAAUCAGUGGGGAUCUCGGAAUCCGGAGCCCAGCCCCCGCGGGGGACGGGUGCGUAUUAACUGACCCAGUCCCUCGCCGGCUGGCAGGUGGACUCAUCUGAAAGGCUAAGCGUGAAUUCCAUUAAAUGUAGGGUAUUUUGCACACUAAAA